AUGAGAAAAGGAUAUAAAGGACAUGAAAUAUUUAUAAGAAAUAAGGAUGGAGAACUGAUAACAACAAAGGUGGAAAUAACAGAGAGAUGGGCAGAAUAUUUUGAACAGCUGCUUAAUGGAGAAGACCCUGAAGUAAUUUUUGAUUAUAUACAAGAACAACCAAAUAAUAAUUGUGAAUAUGAAACACCUACGGUACAAGAAAUUAAAACACAAAUUAAGAGAUUAAAAAACCAUAAAUCACCUGACGAAGAUGGUAUACAAAGCGAAAUCCUAAAAUGUGUCGAUGAAACAAUGAUUGAUUGAAUGAGAUGAUUCAUAAACUAAUUGAGAAAAUAUGGAAUACUGAAGAGAUCCCUAAAGAUUGGAAUACGGCAUUAAUUUGCCCUAUACACAAAAAGGAUGAUAAAAAAUAAUGCAGCAACUAUAAAGGUAUUACCUUAGUGAAUAUAACCUAUAAAAUCUUAUCGUAUUGCAUUCUAGAUAGAAUCAAACCUUUGGCGGAAAUUAUCAUAAAUGACUAUCAAGGUGAUUUUAGAGAAAAUAAAUCCACAAUAGAUCAAAUAUUUAUUAUAAGACAACUAGCUCAAAAAACCUGGGAAUUCGAUCAAGAACUACAUACACUUUUUGUAGAUUUCAAAAAAGGCGUAUGA